CGUCUGAACCGGGCAGAAGGUCCCGAGAGGAUCUGGAAAAAUAACAAACAACUGCAAUUCUGGACAGCCAGUUAGAUCCAUUGUUAACAAUCGUAGCCUGGCCCAGGCCGUAAAUGAUCAGCCCUUAUGACCAACAUGAGCUGGAGUUUCCUCACCCGCCUGCUGGAAGAAAUCCACAACCACUCCACUUUUGUGGGGAAGAUCUGGUUGACUGUCCUCAUCGUCUUCCGCAUCGUCCUGACAGCCGUGGGUGGCGAGUCCAUCUACUCGGACGAGCAGAGCAAGUUCACCUGUAACACCAAACAGCCGGGCUGUGACAACGUCUGCUACGAUGCCUUCGCCCCGCUUUCUCACGUCCGCUUCUGGGUCUUCCAGAUCAUCAUGAUAUCCACCCCGUCCGUCAUCUACUUGGGCUACGCCAUCCACCGGAUCGCCAGGUCCUCGGAGGAGGAGAAGAAGAGGUUCCGGAGCUUCAAGAAGAAGAAGAAGCAGUUCGUCCUCAACUGGCAGGCGUCCCACCACCUGGAAGACUCCUUGGGCGCCGAGGAAGAGCCCAUGAUCUCCGAGGAGAUGGUGGAGAACGAAGAGAAGGAGAAGACCAAGGAAGAGGAGAAGAAGAAGGGGCAGAAGCACGAUGGCCGGAGACAUAUCCAAGAAGAAGGGCUGAUGAAGAUCUACGUCUUUCAGCUCCUCACCAGGGCCUCCUUGGAAGUCUGCUUCCUGAUAGGCCAAUACAUGCUCUACGGUUUUGAAGUCCGGCCCUACUAUCUUUGCACCCGUGACCCUUGCCCCCACAACGUCGACUGCUUUGUGUCCAGGCCCACAGAGAAGACCAUCUUCCUCCUGGUGAUGUACGUGGUCAGCUGCCUUUGUCUCUUGCUCAACCUGGCGGAGAUGUGCCAUCUGGGCAUCGGUACCAUCCGGGACGCCAUUCGCGAGCGGAAGAUCCACAGCUUCCGGCAGCCGCCGUACAAUUACGCUGCCUACCCCAAGAACAUCUCCUGCCCACCCGAGUACAACUUGGUGGUCAAGUCGGACAAACCGGCCAAGCUCCCCAACAGCCUGAUGGCCCACGAGCAGAACUUGGCCAACGUGGUCCAGGAGCAGCAGUGCACCAGCCCCGACGAUAACAUCCCCCCCGAUCUGUCGACCCUCCAUAAACACUUGCGGGUGGCUCAGGAGCAGCUGGACAUCGCGUUCCAGAGCUACAACAGCACUCAGGGGCACAGCCAGCCCUCCAGAACCAGCAGCCCGGGCUCCAGUGGAUCCAUGGCGGAGCAAAACCGGGCCAACAUCGCGCAAGAGAAGCAUGGGGCCAAGCCCAAAACCAGUUCGGAGAAGGGUAGCGUCAACGGCAAAGACGGGAAAAACUCCGUAUGGAUUUAGGAAGGAGGAACAGGUCAAAGGGUCCUUUGCGUCGGGGAGGUGGUGGUGGGUCUCUUCUUUGCUGGCGAGAAGAAGGCUGAAGUGAGACACCAACUGGUAGUCCACCAGAGGCCUUUUCUCGAUCCCUUUGCUUGGUCGAUCCCAUCUUUCAUUUUCUGGGCAAAGCAGAAUCUUUGCGCUAGAAGUCCGUGCGAGGAAAAAACCCACCCUUGAGGUUUAGCGUUCCUCUUCCAGGGAAGAUUCAAACCAGAUGCUGGAUGGCAAGACGGAUCCUUUGACCCGAGGCUCCGGAGAGACCAGAAGAAACAGAAUUAAAUUCCUGUCGAUAAAACUUUGGCCCAAAAGCCCAGUUUCUCAACCUGCCUUGACGGUUGGGGAAUCUCAGGUAUAAUUCCCCCUUUUGAAACAGGUGGCAUUUACCGCGUUAUCCUUCUAUGUCUCCUUGUCCUCUUUGCUUGUCCGAGGUUUCCAUUUCUUCCUUCUGACAAGCUGCCUUUAAAAACAAAAAUUAACGAACCAGAGUCCUCCCUCUUCUUUAUUUUGAUCUUUGCUUCCUAUCGAGAACAGGAUUGCUUCUCCCAACUUAUUGCCAAAUAAUUUAGAUGAUGAGUCCUUUUUAAUUUUUUUUUGAAGUUGGGCUGGAGAAAGGGUGCAUCGGAGGGUUUUUUAAAAUCUUUUUUUUUAACCACUUUUCCCCCUGUCUCUCCUGCCCUGUGAUUGUGGUAAGAUGGGAACGUGGUUUAAAUAAAUGACAUCUGUUGCUCACGAAAAAGACCCCAUCACGUGUGGAUGGUGGCCUGCCGUAGACCUCUCUGUUAGGAUUUCCCUCCCGCGCUAAGCAAUUGUGGGGUUGAACCAUAACGUCUCUUCCUGGUGGAUGGAAGAUUUAUUUUGAGGGCACGAAUAAUCCCAAACCGAAUUAAUUUCCAGGUCCUUGGAGGGACGGCAAAAAUCUGGAGAUGUUCCCAAAAUGUUGUAGUUCUAAAUCGCGGGCCGAAUCCGUUGAAGGGUAGAUUUUAAAAUUGAAAACUUAACGUAAGUGUGACUAGAGAUAACAUUAACCUGCAACUUUGGCAGUGGGGUUCACUGCAAAACGAUUUCUGGAAAGCAAACUUGGUUUUCUCCUAAGAAAAUGGGGCCAUUUUCUGGGGUUGGCUUCAGCUACAUCGUGCUUUUGGGGAUGAAUGGCAUUUUAUCUUUAUUUUAUUUUCCCUCCUACGCAACUCCCCUGAGAAAUGAGUUCCAGGAGAGAGGGUGGACGUCUCAUGAAGGAUUGCGCCCUGCCAAAGGUUGCAGCGUGAGGAAAAUGAAUUUAGUCGCUGUAAAGCCGUUUUUCUAAGCCUUGAAGAUGGUAGACUUCAACUCCCAGAAUUCUCCAGCCGGCAGGAGAACAAUAGAAAACGUUCUUCACUGAAUCAUUGUGGAGAAAGGUUAGCACUAAAAUAAAAUAGCCAGGGCUUGGACGAGAUAUCUUGUAUGGAGAUAGGGUGCUUCUCUAAAUGCCUGCCCAUUUCAUUCUUCCGUACGGCUUUAUAAAUGUUGUAUGUAGCCCAAGAAGAGCCGUGAUCCUUGAGACCAAUAUUCACUUAGUCUCGUCUUCUAGCCAGAUGUCCCGGAUGAAGUAAAAUGUACGUUCUCCUCUGUGGCUGACAUGAAUAUCAUGACUCGUAAUAACCGAGGUCUAAAUGAAAUCAAGGUUUCCUCUUGAUGGUUUCAUGGGGGCACGUAGAGCAGCAUUUGGUAGCUUGGAGAUAUGUGGGCUUCAAUGCCGGGAAUGUCCGCAGCUGGAGAACUCUGGGUGUUGAAGUCCAUUCAUCGUGGCUGGAGAGUUCUAGAACUUGAAGUCCAUAUGUGUGUUAAAAGUUUGCUGAGCUUCAGAAACAGUGAUGGGAACGAUAAGGAAGGUGUCCUGGACCAGAGUGCGAGAAGAUAUGCGCGAGCAAUUCAGAUACCUCCUUCAUUCAAAUAAAGGGGGAGUUCUUAACACUUUCCCUACAAAGAGUGUUCGUGUUAGGCCUGCAUUUCUGAACCUUAGCAAUGUGAAGGCUGGUGGACUUCAACUCCCAGAAUUCCUCACCCUGGCUGGGGAAUUCUGGGAGUUGAAGUCCACACCUCUUCAAGCGGUCACAGUCUUGAUGAUCAUACUGAUCUGGAAAUAGGUUUUUUUUUUUAGUAUAAUUCAUUUGCUACUGUUUUCUUCCAGAACGUUUUGUGUCUCCUUGUCUAGAUCUACAUCUCUCAGGGGUUUUACAGCUCCCGUUUUAAGUCCUCCAUAAUGAAGUGUGAUCCUGCUUAGCUCUUGAGAUCAGCCGAGAGAGACUUAGUUUCUGCUUAUUCGAUCUCCAUAAACCUGCUCCUAACAUCACUAAGACCCAUAAAACCCUUCUGCACUGAAGUCCUAUGUCAACUGGGAAUUAUGGAUCUUGAGGCUAGGCAGGAGGCUGGACUAGAAGACCUCAACAGUCCUUUCCAACCCUAUUAUUCCAUGUUGGGGGGAAAACAGCCUUAAAUGUUAUUUUGUCCACUGCCAAAACACAGGUCUCCAUUUUCACUCCAUGAAUUUGUAUAUUGCACAGAGUUAGCCCUCCAGAUUGAUGUCAUUGAUGCUCACCAGGAGGUGAAGACCUCAGGAAUUGGAAAAUGGUUGCAAGCCUCAAUCAGUCGCAGGAGGAGGUCUUUAAGAUGUCUUUAUGGAGUCCACGGUUUCAUAUGUUUCGUGUACAUAACAUGAAGUGUCAGUCCUGAGACCCAUUUGGUAAUUUUCAGAAGGUUCCACUGACUUUUAGACCAUCGAGAUGCCAUCGUGAGAUUCGUUGAACACCUCAGGUACGAUAAGAAGCUAAGUGGCCUCAAGAAGACAGAUCUCGUCUGUUGCUACAAAUCUAUCCUGAGCUCAUCCCAAGGGAGAAUAAGAAGGUUCAGAUAAAUAAGAAUUAAAUUUCUGAAGGAGAAAAUACUUUCUUCCAACGGAACUUAAGAAAAAUCUUAUGUUUACAACUCUGCAGUGGGCAGAAACAGGUCUCUCUCACUCCUACUCAUCCCAAAAUGAAGAUGUAGCAGUGGAGAAUUUUAUUAAAAAAAUUACUUUAGAAACUCUGUUUUUGAUGUCAGGUUUGAAAAACAAGCAUCUUGGGAGGUUCUUGUUUUCAAAAGAAUAAUUCAGUUUUGCCUAGAUUGGUCCUGGAUGAAAAUCAUAAUUAAAAACAAGCCUACGUUUAUGGACAAAAAAACAGAACUGUUCAAAAUAAGGUGGUCCACAGGUACAUUUUGUGAGGGGUCAAAACCCCAAUUCUGCAAUUUAGUUUGCCGGGCUGAUCAGGAUUCUAGGAUUGAAGAGAGACAACUUGGAGAUCAAUGUAUGGACAGUAUUAAAAACACACACACACAACUUAUAGUGAAGGCAAUACUAUCUUUACCUGAUUUAACUUACCUCCUUUUUCUUCAUCGAUUAUCGGAUGAUGUCCUUCACAAAAAGUCUUGAAGAAAAGGCCAUGUUGGUGGAAUUAAGUGAAUAAUUAAAAAAAAACCAGGAUCCUUUUGUUUAAGGAAGUGUGUACAAAUCAGCAUUGUGUUUGCUAAGACUGGGAUGGCAGGGUGAAAAAAAUAAUCUGUAAUUGUUGGCUGUGUCUAGAUCGAUGCAUUCAGAGUCGCCUUCAACCGUGAGAUGGGCAGCAAAUAAAUUGGAUUAUAAUAUAAUAAUGUGCACCACAUAAUUAAAUCCCUGCAUUCUGUUAUCCUGAAUCUUUAGCUGUUAAAAGAGUUUUAUACCCAAUGCAUGGGGAGACAUCAUACGUCAGAAGACAGAACCAACAAUGUUUUUAAGACUCUUCUUAUAUAUGCCUGCAGUGUUUUUUAAAAAAAGCAAAUUACUGAAAGAUUAAUCUAUAAUAAUGCCAAAAAAAUUUUUUUAACAGUAACUGUUCCAGUCAGCAGUUGUGCUCUCCAAACUGUAAGGAUUUUAAUCUGGAUGUGGUGGUUUUGAGAUACCAGCAUGUUUCCUCCACUUUUGAGCAGGGAAGACACCACAACUCUUCCCUUUCGACAACUGCACAACCAAAGCCUAAACACACACACACAAACAUACACACACACACACUGCCAUUUGUGUUCCAUUCCGCUGGGAAAUACUUGAAAUUAACUAAAUAGCCAUAACAAAUCUAUGCUGUUAACAGAGUUUUGACCUCUCUCUUUUUUAUUUUUAUUUUUCUUAUACAUUUUCCUCAUUUGCCAGUUGUGUAAGAAACCCUCUUUGGCUGCGUUCACACAACACGUUUCAACAUUAUAGAAAGCCGCUGUGUUGACACCUCCUUAAAUUUGCCGAACAUGAAUUUAGAGGAAUUCUCCUAGGUUUGAAGUGUGGAAAUCCACCUGGUGAGAUUAAAGAUUCUUGAGAAUUAUUAUCUGAGCUGAGAAAAUGGAUGAAUUCGUCAUAUUAAAUCUUUUGUGUGAACGCAGCCAGAAACUAUGUUGUAGAUCCCUAAUGUCUCAUUGUAAAUGCUAUUUACAAGUUGUAUGUGGAACC